GUUAGAGAGAGAAUAGAAGUCUAGAGAGAGAGAGAGAGUGAUUACGGAGAAGAGGCAAUAAUAAUACACGGUGUGGAAUCUUAAGUGGUAGAGAGAGAAAGAGAGGUAGAGAAGGGGAAGAAGAGUCAGAGAGAGAGGGGCAUAAGGCAUAAAAGGGGGAGAAGAGAGAGAGAGAGAUGAGAUCGAUUGCCUUUUCUGUUGUUGUUGUGAUUUUGUUGCAGAGUUUGGGAGCCAUGUCUACGCUUGGAGGCUUGAAGGACGUGACGGGUAGCAAUCAGAACAGUGCUGAGAUCGAAGAGCUUGCUCGAUUCGCUGUUCAGGAGCACAACAAGAAAUCGAAUUCUCUUCUCGAGUUUGCAAGAGUUGUAAAGGCGAAAGAGCAAGUGGUGGCUGGUACUCUGUACCAUCUUACCUUGGAGGCCAUUGACGCUGGGAAGAAUAAGCUCUAUGAGGCUAAGGUCUGGCUGAAGCCAUGGGAGAAUUUCAAGGAGCUCAAAGAAUUCAAUCAUGUUGGUGAUUCCUCUCUUACCAGCUCUGAUCUGGGGGCUAAGAGAGACAACCAUGGUCCAGGAUGGAGAGAGGUGCCGGCUCAGGACCCUGUGGUCCAAGAAGCGGCUGCCCAUGCCGUCAAGACCAUUCAGCAGAGGUCUAACUCUCUUGCUCCCUAUGAGCUGCUGGAGAUACUUCUUGCAAGGGCCGAGGUGAUUGAAGAGAGUGCUAAGUUUGACAUGCUGCUGAAGCUGAAGAGGGGAAACAAGGAGGAAAAAUAUAAAGUAGAAGUGCAUAAGAAUCUUGAGGGAAGCUACCAUUUGAAUCAUAUGCAGCAGCAUCAUUCUGAAUGUGAAACCCAGUAAAAUAAUUUUGUGAUAGUUUUGCAUAAGACUUAAGUUGCUUAUAUAGACUCUUUUACUUGUUCAAGUGAAUAAAUAUAUGUAAAUAAUCUAGUGUGAGAGUUGCAUGUGACAGCCACCAUGUCUGCUACUUAGAAAUCAAUGAUGUGGGUGGAUCAUUUCCAUGCCUUAAUACCUUAUUAGGCAGUGAAUCUUUAUGAGAGCACUCCAGAAUUUAAUGUUGGCUUGUUUGCGUGGGAUU